AUGAACAAAAUUUUGCAAAGUGCUUCCGAAAGAGAGCUUCAGAAACAAAUGGAUAGUGACAUGAUGAUACUAAUAAUGGACACAUCGAACAUGAUCAGGGAGGAGCUUGAAGUUGUUAUGGCGAUGAAAGCCAACGUAAAAAACGUUAUGUUAAGUAGAUCAGCACCCACAUUCGUCGCCUUCAACCAUCGCAAUCGACUGCAAUCAAAUCGUCACCAACCUUCCUUCUGCGACACCAAGCUAAUCGGGAAGAUUAUAAGGAUGAUGAGUGGAACUAUCAGGCGGAAGGCUUUGUCUCUGUGCUCAUCUGCAGUGGCUAAUAAUGCAUUUGGAAGAGGAUCAAAACUAGUACCUGAAAUUCAUCAAGGUAUGCAUGCAUUCUCCUACAUAAGAGUGUGCUCCGUUUAUUCAAAAGCCUUAAGGGACGUAUCAUCGUUUAAAACUGAUUUUCUAACCCCAAAAUGGGUUAGAUCUUUUUCUUCACACAGUGGGCCCACAGUUUGUGGUGAUAUCAGUGAACCAAUUGCCCAAAUUCAAACAGAUAAGGUAUUUAACAGCUAA